AUGUCAAUAGAGAAUGAUACAUCGAACGCGGUAUCAGUAGCUGGAUUCUUCAUUUCUCCAAGACAUGUUUUAACAUCUGCAUUUUCUAUAUUGACGGGAGCCCGUAAUUGGAGAAUCAAUUACAACAAGGAACAAGUUUUUAAAACUCUUGAAUACAUAAAAGACACAUUAAGCGCAAUAAUUCCCGAAGAAGUGACAAAAAAUAUGAAGGUGAUCCCAGGAAACUGCUCAUCUAGUCAAUGUUAUUUGAAACCAAAAAAAGCGGUACUAAUCAAUGUUAAAGAACAGGAGGUAGAUUUUGACAAUAUGUUCGCAUUGGUUUUAAUUGAACUUGAAGAAAACGUUAAGAAUAUCUCGUUUCCAUGUGUUGGACGUAAACAUUCUGAGGUCAUUGAUGAAUACGAUGUAUUUCUAUACGGCUAUGACACAACCAAAAAUGUAACUUCAACGCUUCAAUUUCUCCCACUAAAGGUUCGCGAAGUGAAGAAGAAUUCGCGCAAAUGGAUAUGCACUAAUAAAUAUCAAAAAAUGCAAGAUCGAGGGGAACCUUUGGUGAAAUUGUAUGAUGAUAAAGUUACGGUUAUUGGUCUCAAGUCAACAACUGGAUACAGGAAAGACUUUUAUGAAUAUUAUUUCGAUUUGAGAAGGUAUAACAAUGAAAUCUGUGCAUUCUCUGGUGUUUGUCCAAGUGAUCCAGUGGAAAUACCAUCAAGCGAAACUCCAUCUUCAAGUAAUCAACCGGUGACUACCACAGAUGAAAUUGUACAAAGCAGUCCGGCCACCGAUUUCCGAAACAAUAAAAACUCUAGUAAACACAAAAACAAAAUGGCAAACUCCGAUUACAUUGAACUUCCAAUUGAUGAUGGGAAAAAUGAUGAUGUGUAUAAAGAACGCAUGUAUCCAGAAGAUUCCAAUGAAUAUUUUUUGAACAGCAUGGUGUCAAAAAAUACGGAAAGAACAUUCUACGAAGCAAUAUUUCUUGUGUUUGAGUUUAUUUUCUUUUUUGUGAUGCGUGUGGAAUAA